ACAAAAUCUCUAUUUUCUAAAAACCGCUCUCACUUUCUUUCUCUAGAAAAAAAACAAACUCUCUUUCUCUCUCUAAUACCACCAACACAUCAAUGGCGUCGCCACGCGAAGAAAACGUGUACAUGGCGAAGCUUGCAGAGCAAGCCGAGCGUUACGAGGAGAUGGUAGAGUUCAUGGAAAAAGUUGUCGCCGCCGCCGACGGCGCCGAGGAGUUAACCGUCGAAGAACGAAACCUCCUCUCCGUCGCGUAUAAGAAUGUGAUCGGAGCACGGAGAGCUUCAUGGAGGAUCAUUUCCUCCAUUGAGCAAAAAGAGGAGAGCCGUGGUAACGAAGAUCAUGUUGCUUCUAUUAAGGAAUACAGAUCUAAGAUCGAGUCUGAACUUACAUCGAUCUGUAAUGGAAUUCUUAAGCUCCUUGAUUCUAAGCUCAUUGGCUCUGCUGCUACCGGUGACUCUAAGGUGUUUUACUUGAAAAUGAAAGGAGAUUAUCAUCGUUAUUUGGCUGAGUUUAAGACAGGUGCUGAACGAAAAGAAGCUGCUGAGAAUACUCUUUCGGCUUACAAAUCUGCUCAGGAUAUUGCAAAUGCCGAGCUCGCCCCUACACAUCCAAUCCGAUUGGGACUUGCUCUCAAUUUCUCCGUAUUUUACUACGAGAUUUUGAAUUCUCCUGAUCGUGCCUGUAAUCUCGCCAAACAGGCCUUUGAUGAGGCAAUUGCGGAGUUGGACACAUUGGGCGAAGAGUCCUACAAGGAUAGCACUCUGAUCAUGCAGCUUCUUCGUGAUAACCUCACUUUAUGGACCUCUGAUAUGCAGGAUGAUGGAGCUGAUGAGAUCAAAGAAGCAGCACCCAAACCAGAUAAUGAAUGAGCAGCAGUAAAAACUGGUGAAAUUUCUUUAGGAUUGAAAAAUGCCAUGUUGUAACUUCUUUUUCAUUUGUCUGGAUUCAGCACUUUGUUAGUUCUAGAUCUUGUGAUUUGUAAUACCUAAAAUCAACCGUUUAUUGUUAUUUGUUGUUUUGGUUUGUUUCUAUGUGGAUUUCUCUUGUAUUCGGAUUAUUUCCUUUUUCUCAAAGGAAUCACUUAUUGGGAAGUUGGAUCUA